AUGAGUCAAAGUGACGAGUGCCAAGCAACCCAAACCUCCGUGUAUCCAACCAAGCGCUGCGUGUCAGGAGGCCCCGUAGUCGAGCCCGACGCUGAGCCAGUGCUCAAUCGCGUCAUCCAUCCGAGUACAAAGUUUGAGACUGCAUGGACGUGGUCCGGAUGCAUCAUCGGCUGCAGCUACCUGCUCCUUCUCGUAGUAUGUGCCUUCCUGAACACCACUUUCGUGCUGUGGCCACUGACGCUGCUGCAAUGGAGCCACCUCCUCUCAACGCGCAGCUGCCGAUGGAUAUGUCGCUUUCUGGAGGAUAAAUACUUCGCUAUGUUAAGUGGAUAUUUGGAACUAGUUGGCGGCGUCAAGAUUAUCAUCACUGGAGACGAAGAGCUGCAGUUCGCACACCACGAGCACGUGCUCUUGAUCUGCAAUCAUCGCAGUGAAGUCGACUGGAUCUUCUUCUGGAAUCUGGCGCUGCGUCUCAAUGUUCAUGACCGUAUUCGAGUCAUGAUGAAGAGUGUCAUUCGAUACGCCCCUGGCGUCGGCUGGACCAUGAUGCUGCUGCGAUACCCGUACGUUAACCGGAACUGGGCCACGGACCAGGACAGAUUGACCAAGGUGAUUGAGUCGUACAAGGACGUGGACAUGGGCACGUGGCUAGCCAUGUUUCCGGAAGGAACGGCGUUGUAUGACAAGACGCUCAAGAAAAGCCACGAGUUUGCUAGCAAGCAAGGAGAAGCGAAAUGGAACUACGUGUUGCAGCCCAGAGUCAAGGGCUUUGAGCUGUGUAUGGACAAGAUGGACCCGGACUAUGUCGUGGACCUCACGGUGGCGUAUCCGGAGCUCAUGGAGGGCGUGAGACCGUCACCGGUGCGAUUUGUGAGAGGACAGUUCCCGACUGAAGUACACAUGCACGUGCAGCGGUAUCACCGGUCAACGCUGCUGAAGCACAAGGACCGCAUGGGUCAAUGGCUGAAAGAUCGAUUUGCAGAAAAAGAGGAGCGUCUUGAACAUUUCUACGAGACUGGCGCGUUUCAAGGCGAACAGCAGACGAGCGGCCAGCAUGCGAGCCGUGUCGCUCUGUUGCCCGCGCAACAGAUUCUCCUCUUCGUUGGUGAAAACUACCUCACUUACUUUUGGUCGAGAAGACGCCUGUCUGUAUACCUGCGUGCUUUCCAGGUUGCUGGUGCGUCCAUCCACUCGAUGGAUAGCCACAAGAUUCACAACGAGAAGCACCAAGACAAACUUCAUACUCGAUCGGCAGAUGAGUUGCGCCUCUUCACGUGA